GGUGCGCGAGGGUUGGCUACCCGAGACCCGACAGCAGGCAGCCGUUCCACAGUGCAGCCCGAGACAGCGCCGGCACCGCGGCACUUCUUCGGCGCCCAGGGCGUCAGCAUGCGAGGGGCGGCGGCAGUGGCGCCCCCGCACAGCACAUGCAGAGCCCGCCCACGCCCACGGCCGCGCAGGCCGCGCGGCAGCAGUCUCCCGGCGCCGGCGGCACCUUCCGCGUCACGCUCUCCAUGAAGAAGGAGCCCGACGGCGGGCCCGUCUUCUGCAAGAUGGAGCAGACGCAGCGCUUCAAGCAGCUCAAGACCGUCAAGCUGCACACCGACACCGUCUACCGCAUCGACGUCAGCUUCAAGCCGCCGCGCGCCCUCCAGAGCCUGGUGAUCCAGGGCCAGGAGAUGGAGCCUUGCGAGCGAGCGCGGGACAGCACGGCGUGCGCCUACUCCUCCUACUACAACACGGAGGGCCUCAGCCCCAGCAAGAAGGGCACCCGCGAGGACCUCACCAUCAUCAUGAAGGUGGAUGGCUCUGGUGAACUCUCAACAUGCCUGCAGAUAAAACUGUACAAAGCCCAUGACAUACAGCACUGUGAAUGGGGCAGCCGCCUACACUGUAUAGAACUGGACUGCACAUCAACUGAAGGUCCUGAGGGAGUGCGUGUCAACCGUGAGACGUACAGGAAACUGGGUCUUGACAGUUAACUUCAUUGCCCACAAGAAGUUAUCAAUGUGGCUAUACAAAACAUUAUCAAAAACAAACCCCACAAUCUUGAACUCAUUGGUAAAUGACUCUGCUUUAUAAAAAUGAAGAGACAAAUUAAUAUGAUAACAUCUAUGCAAAAAUAUGGUAUUUUAUUUGAAAUACUUAUUCAAAUAGCAUCCACUGACAAAGCAUGCCAUCCAUAUGGACAGUGAAAUGUGAUGAAUAAUGAAUCUGAGCUGUAUAUGUGGCAAAAAUGAUACCAAACAGAAAUGUCUCUACUAGGGAGACAAAUAUAUAAAAAGCACAAGUUCUUAAAAUGAAAUUUCAGUCAUUAAACAGUCUGAAUUACCUCAUAUUGAGGUAAUUUUCAGCAGCCAUGUCAAUUUUACCUGCAUUUUUAUAAAUGCUUUCAGUCUGCUUAAGGUGCCUAAUUUGCAAAUGGAAAUUAAUAAACUAUACCAUAUUCUUAAUUUGUAUCUGUUAACGUAUCUUAUUGUAAAAUAUUUACCUGCCCACGAAAAGAUAAAUGCUCUUGUCAUUCUGAAGAUUCAGCAUUUCACAAGAAAGUAAAAGUUCUUUUUUACUAUUGAGUAAUAAACUGAAUAAAAAUAUUUUCAGAUGGUGUCAGAAAUUCUAUUAUUCGGUCUCUAUAUAAAGGAAUAAUAUAGGUAUCUCCCUUUUUUCUUGUUUAGUUCAAUUGAUUGCAGUGCUCUAGAAUUUCUUGUAUUUAUAUCUCUAUCCUGUAAUCUUAGUAAACUACAUUGGAUUCUCAAUAAACUGCAUUAUAUCUUCCACUUUUCCUUAUUUUCAUUAUCUGUGGUUCUUUCUAUUAUCAGUCUAGAUCAGCAUAAUUUGAGACCUAAAAUGAAAUGGAUUUUGGCCUAAAGUUUCUCUCAUGCAUGAAUCAUCAGCAUAUGAAUGCUUUUGGUUUGAACUCCUGUAUUUCACAUCAUCACUGAAUGCUAAAUAAAAAUGUUAUCUCAUAAGAGAAAACAAUCAGCUCUAUUAGUGCCUACUCUUGAAAACAAAAGCAGGAUCUUGCAGUUCAUCAAAUCACCCAGAGCAAUGAUUUGUUUGUCAACUCCUUGCAGUGUUAACAAAUCAUAUCAACCAAACCCUACUCAGUAAGACUGAUUUGGGAUUAGGCAGCCUGAAACCAAUAGUCCAUCUCUCUUUACAUCUAUUUCUGCAUUAUUAUCAAGAAAACAUUACUCAUUAAAAUGUGACAGGAGCUGAAAUUUCAUCAGAUGAACAUAAACUUUGCCCAUGAAACAUAUCAAUGUAAUUAAUGUAUCAGGAAAGAUCAGGUAAUUUUUUUCUCCUUUUUGUAGGGUCAUCAUCAUCAUCAUCAUCAUCAUCAUCAUCAUUAUUGCUUUGCUUUGCAUUUUACUUACAUCACAUAAACAAUCUGCCUUAUUCUGCUUACAAAUGGGAACAACUUUCUGCCUUUCAAUCUGAAAUGAGUAAUUCAAAUGGCAAUAUAAAGUAGGUAUUUAGUGGACCGUUUUAACCAGCUGAUAAAUGUAGCUUGCAUUGCAAUGUUACGUCUUAAACUAAACCAUUUAUACAAGGCAGUUAAUAACAUUUAUAAUACAAUGCUAUAUGGUUAUUUUUGUCUAAGAUUGCAGGAGAGUAGUGCUGUUGUAGAAAUGUACUAAAAAUAUUACUUAGACACUGAAUAUUAAAAUAUUAGGUAUAUUUUUAAAUAAAAUUAUUUUCAAAGUUAUACUAAUUCAAAGCUAAAAUAAUACAUUUAGAAGUAUAUACAUUUAGUGGUUUUGCAAAUUGUAUGAAUGACUUUGACACCAAAAGUCAAUAGCUCAUUGUAAAAAAAUUAUAUUAUAUAUUAAUUUUAUGAGAUGCUCAACUUAAUAUGUAGUCUUUACAGAAUAUACUUAGUGUUACUAAUAGUGGUAAUGUGACUCUUUCUCAAGUAAGAGAAAGAAAAUGGCUUGUUUGUCUGCUCUGGAUAUGAAGCAGCAAUGAUACCACAACAUGUUUGGACUUCUUCACUUAUGAGAAAAUGUACUGAACUAAAAAAGGCAACAGUGUCUGAAUCAAAGCAUACAUAGCACAGUUGUUUGCUAUUUGCUGAAAAUCCUUUUGAAAUUUAUUUUUGUCCAUUUGAAUGUAAACACAAUAAACAAUUUGUGCCUCAUCACCAUGUGUACUGUGGCACCGUGGUAUCCAGUCUAGAAGCUGUAUUUUAUGUGAUAUAUCCAGAAAUUCUGUUUUUAUCGCUAGUGUUAUUAUUUUAUUAUUAACAAUAUUUCAGUUCUUGCUGUACACAUGGAGACAACUGGCUUAUAUGAAGAACUGUCUUUUUGAGUACUCAUGAGAGCACUAGUUGACCGUAAGGUUUUUUUGUGAAUCAAUUAAUAAUAUAAUAAAUUUUAAAAAAUCUGUUUAAUGUUAAUGGUUCUAUUAUAAUUUUUAAAUGAAUGAGCAAUGAGCAGAACUUUCCAGAUGCAUUACCUAUGGCUAGUAUUUUUCCUGCUGCAUGUACUGUUAUAACCUUGUUGAAUACAAUUGCAUAAAUAAAAUACAGA